AUGACCAGAGCUGUGGGGGAAGUAGAGCCGGGAUGGCAGGGGGCGCAGGUUGCGAUUAAGGGCCUUAGCAGGGUAGAAGCCAGGGUAGAAGAAGGGCUGCAGCGCAUCCAGUUCCUCUACCCGCCCUCGCUGCGGGAGCUGCUGCGCCUGUUGGCCUCGCUGCCCCAGAGCCUGCCUGGGCCCCCUGCCCUUCUCCUGCUGGAUGGGCUGGAGCAGUACCUCGCUGCUUGCCCUGGUCCUCAGGCGGCUGCCCGGCUCUCAGCCCUGCUGGUGGACACGGCUUCGUACUUCACAGGGCGCCUCGGCGCGGACCCCCAAGGAUCUGCCCCCUGCUGCCAGCUCAUCGCCUCCAUGCAGGUCUCCGGGGAAACAGAGGCUGAGGAUCAUCUCUGCGUCCUCCAGCGCUACUUCCCAGCCCAGUGCUGGCUGUGCCCAGACCCGGCAGCAGCCUUGGGCCAGGAGGACUGCGGGGGCGACCGCAUGUUCAGGGCCCGCCUGUCCCAGCCCGGUGCCGCAGACCAGGAAUGGAAGCUGAGAUUCGGCCUCGAUGGAGAGAUGAGGGUGUCCCCGGUUCCAUGGGGGUGUGCAGAGGAUCCAGGGGUGGCAGACACAGACAGAGCUGCCGAGGCUGGGAAAUGACCCCUGGGGCUCUGGAGAUGUAAAUUUGUCUGUGGGUUUCUGGCCUGGCCCUUGGCUGAACCUUGGGUGAUCUAGGGGGAAAUUCCUCUCUGUACGUCCCCUCCUUGGCCGGCUUAGUUUGCCACCCCCAGUGAAUAGAAAUGAAGGAAAAUUCAACA